CAGCUGGAGCCCUCGGGGCAAGUCUCAGGACAGACAGGCAGGCAGGCAGGCAGCACGUAACCCUCACACUCGCACCCAAGUAUCAUUUUUACAGCAGAGGAGGGAACGGGACGCAAGUGCCGGGUGCUUAGGGCCAGGCCGAGUCGUGGUAUGACUGGGACUGGAAGGCAGGAGGAAUCCCGGAGCCCUGGCCUUGGCUCUACCCACUAGCUGGUGCUGCCUCCCCGAGGGGAGCACGGGCUGUGCUGGGGGGACGAGCCGGCAGCGGCCUGGCGGGCUGAGCUGAGUUUGUGCCUGGCGGCGAGGCCGGCCCGGGGGAGCGCGGUGGCUUUGAGCAUCGCGGACCCUAGAACCCCGCGGCUUCCUCCGGCAGGGCGCGGAACCUUUGCUCUCGGUCGCGGUUGCGCGGCGGGCUCUGAUCGCGGCCGGACUCGCUACGUCCGCCGGCAGGUGGAGGAAACAAGCUACCUUAACAUUUGGUACAUCUAGUAAUCUUUUUUGAAGACUUUAUUUCAGACCUGGUAGUGCCCAUUCUCAAAGUGAAAUUUGAUCAUCCUUCAAUUCUACCUUUAUGGCUGUAGCUUUUAAACUACUGGCUAGUGCUCGUCCUCUUAGGGAGUGCCAGAGGCACAAAGUCUUGCAUUCUUUGCUUGGCCCUCUCGUCACUAAUCACAUCUCCAAAAUGUAUAGUAGCUAUAGGAGACCAGGAAUAAGCCCUGAUGACACUCCAGUCUGGAAAAAAAUUGAUUUCAGUACUGAAAAAGCAGUGAAUGGGGUUAAAAAACAUUUUAAAUUACUAAAGUCUGAGAUAGCAGAGCAUGUAACAAGUUAUGAUGGCCAACCUCUGCAUGUUCACUUAUGGGAAGAGACUAGAGUGGUCUGGAAAUUCCACAGCCAGAAAGAUUUAGAUAAAUGGAUAGCUAGCUCCGAUAUAGAGAUUGGAGGGAAAAGUGAAGCCUACCUAAAACUAGGCAAGAAUAACCAAAGUGCUCUGUUCUAUGGGACCCUCAAUACUGAAGUACCUCGUGAUGGGGAAACAAAAUACAGUGGAUAUUGUGGAUUUAAAGCCAAGCCACGACUGGGGGUUUUUAAUAGGAAGAAAUACUAUGACUGGACAAACUUUAAUAGUCUGCAUUUACGUGUCCGUGGUGAUGGUCGACCCUGGAUGAUAAACAUUUUUACAGACCCAUACUUUUCCCAUCAAAAGGAUGAUAUGUACCAUUACUUCAUGUUUACCCGAGGCGGUCCAUACUGGGAGGAAAUCACGAUUCCAUUCUCCAAGUUCUUUCUAUGUAGUCAGGGGAGAGUCCAGGAUCGCCAAUUUCCACUCUGGUUAGACAAAAUUCACACUAUUGGAUUCACACUGGGAGACCAGGCACAUGGUCCAUUUCAGCUGGAGAUAGACUUCAUUGGUUUGCUUAUGGACAGCGCUCAUACUGAAGAAUUUGCCUAUGAACAAUAUGAAAGGAACACCAAAUUCUAGAUUGACUUGCCCUCCAAUGGAACAGAUGCUUCAGGAGCUUAUUAAAUAUGUAUACAACACUUCGUUGAUCUUGACUAGGUUCACAAUGCUGUUAGAAGAACCCAUGUAAAUACUGAAAGGGAGAGUUGUAUGGGAUGGACACGCAUCUUGCAACUUUAAAGAUGUACUAAUGUUUUUUUCUGACUUCCAAUCUAUUUUCACUACGGGCUUCUGCAACUAAGUAUUGUUGGAACAUUGCAUCAGAGAAAGGUGUGGUAAUUAAUAAACAGUUGUAUGGUGAGGGUUGCUGAAUGGAUCA